AUGGCUUGGGGCUGGGACGAAUCCGACAAGGCUCACCGUCAGGUGUAUAACAACGAGAACGAGAACAAGCACGAGAGCCACCUCUCCCACGAGGUUCUUGCCGGUGCUGCCUCGUUCGCCGGCAUGAAGGCUUUUGAGGACCACCAGCGCAAGCAGGGCAAGAACGUUUCCCACUCCACCGCCAAGGAGAUCCUCGCCGGUCUCGCCGGUGCGGAAAUCGACAAGCUCGCCGAGACCAAGGGUCUCGACGAGGCCGACAAGAUCAAGGCCCACCACCACGCCAAGAAGAACGCUGAGCACUUGUACGACGACCACUACGUUAACGGCCACGGUGCCGACGAGUACGACCCAAACCGCUACCAGCCUCACAACAGCUUCUCUAGCCGCGGCUGGUAG